AUGGGACGAGAUCUGGACCCGCAAGGUGCGCAGCCCGAGGACUUUGUCAAGGUCAUGGGCGGCAAGACACCGUCAAAGUAUACCGACCCGUGCCAGAAGGCGGCCAAGCUGAGCAUGCGCUGCCUCGAGGACAACCACUACGAUCGCUCAAAGUGCACUGAGGCCUUUACCAACUACCGGAAGUGCAAGGAGCUCUGGAUCGCACAAAGGCGAAGCGAUCGGACGAGCGGGAGACCGGACGCAUUCGAUUGA